UCUCUACCAUAAACCAAGAAGAGUUCGAUCAUUUCCAAAUUUUUAAAACCCCCAAAACCCAACCAGAAAAACAAAAACAAAUACCACAGUACCACCACGACUCUCCUUUUUUCUCCAUUUUUAUCCCUCCAUUCCACCCAGUCUCUCUCUCUCUCUCUCUCUCUCUUCUUAAAACCCUCUUCCUUCAUUUCUCUCCGGAGAUCUGCUUCUCAUGGCUUUGAUGAUUGACAAUUGCGGCGAGGGCAUUCUCCUCUCUCUCGACUCCCAUAAAUCUGUCCCUGCUCCAUUCCUCACCAAAACCUAUCAGCUCGUCGACGAUCCCGCCACCGACCACAUCGUUUCUUGGGGCGAGGACGACACCACCUUCGUCGUCUGGCGUCCGCCGGAGUUCGCCCGCGACCUGCUUCCCAACUACUUCAAGCACAACAACUUCUCCAGCUUCGUCCGCCAGCUCAAUACCUAUGGUUUCAGGAAGAUCGUGCCGGACAGGUGGGAGUUCGCCAACGAGUUCUUCAAGAAAGGCGAGAAGCAUUUGCUAUGUGAGAUCCACAGGCGCAAGACGGCUCAGCCAACUCAGCUCCCCAUCAACCACCACCACCAUCAGUAUCCGCAUUCGCCACUCGGCAGCCACCACGUGGCCACCGGCCCCGGCUUCUUUCCUUUCCCGCAGAGCCGUGGCAGCAACUCUCCCACCGACUCCGACGACCACUUUCUCAACUGGUGUGACUCGCCGCCGCCACUCGUGUCGUCCCCACCUUCUGGCGGUGUUGGUGGUCCCCUCAACAGCGGCUACUGCAACAUGGCAACGACGACAGUGACAGCUCUGUCGGAGGAUAACGAGAGGCUGAGGCGGAGCAACACCAUGCUUAUGUCGGAGCUCAAUCACAUGAGGAAGCUUUACAACGAUAUCAUCUACUUCGUUCAGAACCAUGUUAAGCCUGUCACUCCAAGCAAUUCUUACCCAGGUUCUCUACUUCUCUGCAGUCCAACACAAAACUCAUCACUCAAUCCCAACUCUUCCGCGGCCAUACACAAGCCUCUGAACCAGGUUGUUGGGUACUACCCCGGAAACCCUAAACAAACCCAACCACAUCACCACCCCAUGGCACAUGUGAUGAUGAACAACAACAGCAACACCGUUUCUUCUCCGAACACCAUCACCACGUCGAAGAGUACUGGCUCGGUGAGGAUAAUCGAAGACAGGCCAGGUAACAUUAGCAACAACAAUGGGUGCAAGACAAAGCUAUUUGGAGUUCCACUGCUGCAUUCGAAGAAGAGACUGCACCCGGAGUACAACAACGGCUCGAACCACAUGGCCAUGGAAGCAAGUAAGGCGCGCUUGAUUUUGGAAAAGGAUCAUGAUUUAGGUCUUCACCUAAUGCCCCCAUCCACAUGUUAGUCAGCUAUUUAAAAUUAGAAAGGUUCAAAGGUCUCGUCUUUUUCUCCAAAACCCAUCAAUCAAAAUUAAACUACUUAGCUUUAAAGGUUUCAUCUUUUUGGUCCUAGUUUAAAUUUUGUUUGCUUGUAUUUCUGGGUCUGAUCAUGAGAUAUGUGUGGGUGUUUGUGAUGAGUGUUGUCGUCUGUAUAUAUAUGACUUUUAGUGCAGGUUGUUUCCCACCGCCAUGAAUGCAGGUGUGGGUUUUGGGUUGAGUGAUCGAUGAAAUAUUAUCAAGAUGUUAUCUUC